GCGUGCACGCUUUUGCCCACAAAAGUCGCAAUUCAAGCAACAAAACGAGAAGCCCGCCAACAAAGCAGUUAGAUGCACUUUGCAGCUGUAUUCACCUCUCUCUUCCUCUCAUCCCUAUAAAGCCGACUGCUUCUCCUUCUGCAUCCUAUCAUAUAUAAGGACAGAAAUCGAUAUACAGAGAGUAUAAUGGCAGCUGGCUACAAUAUUCCAAGGUCACUGCAACUACAUUCAGUACAAUGUGCUGCGUGUAUACUGUUGCUAAUUACUGCAAUCGGCAUAGGUGAAGGUUCUGAACUCGCCACAGACUACUACAAGUACUCGUGCCCCGGCUUAGAGGCCAUUGUGAAGGAUUCUCUUCUUCCUAUCUUCUUCACCGAUCCCCGAUCCCCGGCCGGGUUCCUACGACUCCUCUUCCAUGAUUGCCAAGUUCAGGGUUGUGAUGCAUCUAUCCUCCUAGAAACUGACUACAACAAAGGGAUCACUUCAGAGUUGUUAUCCUCCAGAAACUUUGGAAUCAGAAACAUAGACUCAAUUGCAAAGAUAAAGUCUAUAGUUGAGGAGUUCUGUCCAGGCCAAGUCUCUUGUGCUGAUAUAAUAGCUCUGGCAGCAAGAGAGGCAGUAGCCUACAGCGGUGGUCCCAAAAUCGUGAUUCCUCUUGGCCGGAAGGACUCGACGAUGGGCAGCAAUCUGCGUGCCGACGAUGAGCUUCCUUCCGCAAGCACAGGAGUUGAUGAUGCAGUGAGGAUAUUCAUGGGCAGGGAGAUGAGUAUUGAGGAGACAGUGGCACUAUUGGGAGCCCACACUCUUGGGGUUGGUCACUGCAUCAGCAUAGCUCACAGGCUCUACAACUCAAAUGUGAAUCACAGAGAGAGGAUAGACUCAGUAUUUGAAGCAUAUCUAAGGCUCAACUGUCCCACUGAAGUGCCCAUAACAAAUUACACUUUCAUAGUUAGUGAUCUCACUUCUUUGAUCUUUGAUAACCAGUACUACCGAGAUGUUAUGAGUGGCCGAGGGCUCUUCAGCAUCGAUUCUGACAUGUCGAUGGAUCCACGAACGGUGCCAAUUGUGAGGCGGUUUGCUGAGGAUCAGGCUUAUUUCUUUCAGGUAUUUUCAUCGGCAUUUGUUAAGCUCUCAUCGGCAGUGAAUCCUGAAGGUGGGGAGAUCAGGAGAGAGUGCCGCAGGAUUAACUGACAUCAGCAAUCGGGCGAUAGAUUACUAAUUUAUUGACUAUACUUAACUUUAGAACUGUGACUUGAAUCAUUAUGUAGUGGUGAAGUUAUGUAUACUUGAUGUAUUACAAAUAUGUGGAUAUAUAGCUGAAGCCAUUUUCGUAUUAUAAAGGGCUCCAA